UCAUCCAGCAACCAGCCACUUCCCACCACAACGAACCAAGCACAGCAGGCAGGCGUCCUUCGUCUUCCGCCCAUCCAAUUUGGUCCGCCACCACCAAGCCACACCACACCCGUACCGCUUUGUCACGCCGCGUACGCAACCAAUACGGCGCACAAGCGAGCAACAAGCAAGCGAGUGGGCAAGCAAGGUUGUUUUAUUUCUGUGACACACCAGGCCCAAAGCACGGCGCAACACCAGGGGAACAAAAGCAGCUCUCUGCGAACGAGCGAACGAGCGCGCAAAUAGACAGACCGUUCUUGUUCAUCAAGGCGCACACGCACCACACGCAACCAAGUGCACGAAGCACAAGUGCAGCAGCAACAACAAGGAAGCGAGCAAUUGUUCAGGCUCGAACAAGUGUCGGCUUGUUCCCGAACACAACAGAUUCGUCGCAAGCGCCACGGAGGCCGCCGUCCCACCCGCAACCAUCCACCAUUCUCAACCACACGUCGCCAGCCAUGGACGCGAAUCCAAGCACGGAUGACGAUGGGUUUUGGGAUGAGGAGGCGAUUGUGCAUCAAACGGCCGACUACCUGCAGGCCAUGAUGCAGCACAACACCUACUUCCCACCAGAGACCAAGGAGGAUCCGCGCCUGUUCCACAACUUUUACCUCACCCGGCCCGUGCCCAUCUCCUUGCGGGACUACAUCAUUCGUAUGUGGCGGCUGGCAAAAGUCGGCACGGAGGCCGUCCUCUGCAUCCCUUCCUACAUUCGCGCCCUCUACCAGACACACAACAUGGUCUUUUCCGAUAAGUUGGCGCAUCGCAUCGUCGCCACCUGUCUGCUCAUCGCCAUGAAGAUGUGCAAUGAUGUCCUCUACACAAACCGCCGCUACUCCAAGAUCGCAGGCCUCUCCGCGGGCACCAUGCUCCUUCUCGAACUCGAGAUGCUGAAGCUGCUGGAGAAGAACGCGUGUUUGCCGCCAGCACAGCUCGUUUCCGACAGAAGACAUCUGCAGCGGUUUGUAGCGGGGGAGGUGGCGGCGUGGGAGCAGCCGCCGGAGGUGGACCCAUCGUCGUGGGUGCGGGUUGGUCGCGUGGAGCGGUUGGCACUCGAGGCAACGGAGGUGCUGAACAGGCUGUGCAGUGAAGACGAAGAGGAGGAUGGUGGUGAUGAUGGUAGUGGUGUUGAUGGUGGUGAUGAUGGUGAGUAUGUUGAUGGUGAUGAUGGUGGUGGUGGUGAUGAUGAUGAUCAGCAGAAGCAGAAGCUUGAGAAGGAAAGAGGGGUGAGUGGUGGUGACGGUAGCAAUAACGUUGAGAGAGAGAUGAAUGGCGAGGGUGCAAGGAGCAGUGGUGGUGGUGGUGGUGGUGGUGGUGGUAGCGAUGGUGAUGAUGUUCGUGGUGCUCACGCACCACAACAUGACACAGACAGCGCCAACCAACAACACCAGCACCAACACCAACACCAAUCAAAUCAUGACGCACAACAUGCCUGAACCACGCACCCUUGUCCUCGCGUGUUGACGUGUUACAACCAUCUUGUUGCCCUGUUGUAUUUCCUCUCGAUUAGCACGUUGUUACAAUGUGCACCCUCCAUUGUGGAGUACUUCACCUUUGCUUGUGUUAUGACGCACAUUUGCACUCUCACACGCACGCACGCACGUGUGUUCUGCUGUCAAUCAACCCCCUCUGCCCGCUUCCUUGCUUUUCUUGUGCAUACCCCCUUGUCCCCUCUUCCAGCUGUUCGAUCGAAGCAUUGGUUACGGGUGUACUGUUGAUCAAACAUCACGUAAACGCAGCCAGGCACA